AUGUUGUUUAUCAGUAAGAUUCUGAGAAGGAAUGUUGUGCCAACCAAAAUCAAUCAAAAUGCAGUUGAAAAUCAAAAUAAGUUUGGAAGUAAGUGGUUUAAAUCACGAGGAUGGUCUAGAGAUCCACUAUGUACACUAGAUAAUAUACCUCAAUUCCAAGACGAACAUCUCAAUCAUACCAUAGACUCAUGUGUCGAUCUAGAUAGGAAAAUCAUCAAACAAAUCAUAUCCUUAAGAAACAACAAGGAUGAAAGCUUUGAAACUUUAUCUGAUAAUAUCUAUAAUGACGAUAAUCACAUAGAUAGUCAUUAUAAGUCCUGCUUAAAUGAAUCAUCAUCACCCACUUAUCGUUUGGGACAAGAUUAUCUUGAUAUUCUAUUCAAUCACAGAAUAUCUCAAAAUCCUUCCAAACAACUCAGUGACAAAAUCAAUCACAUUCUCGAAUACACAUCAAACUACAAUCAUCUAUCAAGUGUACACUUGCCACUUAAGAUACAUUCUAAUAAUAAAAACAAGGAGUUAAAUAUUGACAAAAUUGAUAGUCCAAAUGAUCAUGAUAUAUCGCAAUUUUCUGAUUAUUUUCAUCUUCGACAGUUUUCUUCACUUUUUCAUAAAUAUUUUACGCAUUCAAUUAAAGUAUAUGGGCUCUCUCCAAUGUCAUUAAAUGAUGUUUCACAUAGUUUUUUAUUGGAUUCUAACGGUGUCGUUAUUGAUACAUGUCUACUGGUGAAACUAGAUGGGUUUUACCUAUUGAUUGUCAACGGAAAUAAGAAAAACGUCUUGCUAGAUUAUAUUAGUGCAUAUGCAGUUCACCUUAAGGGUAUAGGAAUGGACAUUUCAGUAAAUCCGCUAGAAAAUCAGACCGUUGUUGUCUUGUACGGACCAAAAUCAUACAAUGUCUUGAGUAAACUAUUGUCUGAAAAAUCUCAAGAAAUCUCAAUUUAUGAGCCUGACGGAUCACUUGAGAAGCCUACUUCACAAUAUCUACGUUACUUUAUGAAAAAAAGGAUUGUAUGCUAUAGGGUCCUGGACGUUGAAGACGGUUUCGAGUUUGUUAUACCCAACGAAUACCGUAGUGAAUUUGAAGAAUUGUUAUUGUCAAUUGAAUCAGUGAAGACCAUUGGAUUUGAGACUUACGAUAUAGCAAGACUGGAAAGUGGUAUAAUCAGACCCGAUUUGGACCUAACCCCGGAGUCUACACCCAUGCAUUGCUCUCUCAUGUGGAACUUAGAUAUUAAUAAAAUCAGAAAAAGAAUAGUUUUUGGCCAUAAACACCUCGGCCGCGCUAUGGUUGAUGGAGUUUCAAAAGUGCGUGUCGGCUUGAUAUCUAAUAAAAUGAUAACACCGUCCUGCACAAUUUUAACCAGCUCUACUAGGAUGCCCAUAGGUAAAAUUACCUCCUCUGCGUUCAGUCCAGCACUGGGAAUGUACAUUGCGCACUGUUACGUCAAUUGUGAUUAUGCAAAACAUGAUUUGCCAGUUGUAAUCAGCAUACCGCGACAGCCUGACGAUUCAGUUUCAAAGUCUAAAUAUAAAAAAUACUACAGGACCGGAAUUCUGAAAAGUUUCUGUAGAGGGACUAUAGUAAGGCUACCAUUUCUAAAGUCUAGAUAUCAAGUAAAAGAUCAGGAGAAAAGGCUUAGAAAUAAUUCUCUUGUAUUGAAUAAAAAGGCUGAAGAAUCUUGUGUUUCAAAAGAGAUAAUUAAGGAAGAAUCAAGAGAAGCGCGAAAGACUAGGAAACAGAUUUGGAAGGAUGUUAUAAGAAAUCACAGGAAAAAGCUCAAUAAAACAUUGGAAAUGGCAUGUAACAAAUGGGAAGAAAUUAAUGAAGAGUCUGUAAAUAAUGAGUUUGAGGAAAAAGAAGGAACACACGAAUUUAAAAUAACCGAAAGGAUUAACAUAAUUCCUGAAGCCAAGAUUGAUUUAAAAGACGUAUUGGAAUAUUACAAAGCUAGACAUGAUGUUGAGGUUACACAUCGUCAUAGAAGAUACAGACCUAUUCAGUACACAAUAAAUUAA